AUGGCCGACAAGGAUCAUUCCGACGUGUCAACAAACCAAGCAAAUAAUCCAUUAACACGUAAAUUAAAUAAAAUUUUAGAGACAAGACUCGACAAUGACAAGGACAUGCUGGAAGCUCUCAAGGCUUUAUCAACCAUUUUUACAGAAAAUAAUCUGCGAUCUAGAAGAAAUUUACGAAGUGAUAUCGAAAAGAGAAGUUUAGCUAUAAAUGAAGAAUUUUUACAGUCUUUUCAGGCUGUGAAGGAGCAACUGGAUAGUGUCUAUUCUGAUGUAAAAGAAAUGAAUGAAUGUUGUCAAGAUAUGACUAACAGACUUAAGGCAGCCAAAGAUCAAACACAUGAUUUAAUCAGUCAGACCACAACUCUUCAUGCUGAAAGUCAAAAACUACAAAUGAAGUCCCAAGUUGCUGAUGCUUUCCUGAAUAAAUUUCAACUGAAAUCCGAAGAAGCUAAAAUUAUUCGUGGAACACGAGAUGGAGCUUUACAUCCUGAAUUUUUCAAUGCUUUAGCAAGAGUCAAACAGAUUCACAGUGAUUGUAAAUUUCUACUGCGCACCAAUCAACAAACAGCUGGACUUGAAAUUAUGGAAUCAAUGGCUUUACACCAGGAAUCGGCUUAUGAAAGACUUUAUAGAUGGACUCAAAAUGAAUGUCGAGCACUGACUGGUGAUUCACCUGACAUAUCACCUGUUCUAUGUAAUGCAAUUAAAGCUUUGUUAGACAGACCAGUUUUAUUCAAAUAUUCUAUAGAUGAGUUUGGAACUGCUAGAAGAAGUGCCGUUGUUCGUGGAUUUAUAGAUGCAUUGACUCGUGGUGGUCCAGGGGGCACUCCAAGACCUAUUGAACUUCAUUCCCACGAUCCAUUACGAUAUGUUGGUGAUAUGAUGGCAUGGCUUCAUCAAGCAACAGCUUCAGAAAAGGAAUAUCUUCAAUCAUUACUUAAAAACUGUGAUGUCCAAGAAUCUCAGAUUGAGGAUGUAUUGGGACAUAUUACAGAAGGUGUAUGUCGUCCCUUUAAGGUUCGAGUUGAACAAGUUUUACUAUCAGAACAAGAUGCUGUGACUUUAUAUAAACUUGAUAAUCUACUCAAAUUUUACCAUAAUACUAUCAGACAAAUAGUUAAUAAUGAAGCAGCUUUGUUGUCUACUUUGAUUGAAAUCCAGGAUUUAAGCCACAGGAUGUUUUUUAAUAGUUUAACAUGUAAUGCUAAUAAACUAUUAGACAGGGUGGAAUUGCCUCCUCCAGAUCUAGGACCCACAUCAUCAUUAACUCAGACAUUACAGUUAUUACGUGAUGUAUUAGCUUGUCAUGAUGCAUCAGUUGUACCUAUAGAUGAUAAAAAACAGGAUUUUAAACAGAUUUUGUCAUGUGUGGUUGAUCCAUUGCUGCAAAUGUGUUCAGUGUCGGCAAGCAGAUUAAACAGUAUAGAUAUGGCCGCUUAUAUGAUUAAUGGUAUUUAUCUCAUGCAAUCUACAUUAGCUCUGUAUGAAUUUACAGAUACAAGACUUGAAAUGUUACAGGCCCAGAUAGAAGCACAUGUUGAUACUCUAAUCAGUGAACAAGCAUCAUUUGUUUUAACGCGAGUAGGUUUAUCAACUAUAUAUGGUAUAGUAGAAAAUUAUCAACCAUCGCAGGGACCAUUAUCAGGUAUACAAGGAAUGGAUCCUAUUACUGUUAAAUCAGCUAUGAACAAAUUUGAUAGUUAUCUGGCCAGUCCUGAUAGUUUAACAUUACCACAGUGUAGUUUAAUACUCAGUGCUUUAGUGAGAGAUAAUGCAAAGAGAAGGGCAGUAGAUUUAAUAUGCCAAGCCUAUAAACAGAUGUAUGAAGCUAUUUAUAAACCAACAAAUGAAUACAAAGAACCUCAGUCUAUAGUACCCAGAACACCAGAUCAAGUUGUUAAAUUAUUAUCAUGAAAUUAAAUUGUUAUACUAAAAGAUUAUGUAUACAAUUAAUAUGGCUAUCACAAUUUCCUACAUAUUUUACAUAAGUGGGCUUUUGAAAAAAAAUGACCAUAUAGCAAUUUAGAUCAUGAGCAUCAACUUUUAAAGUUGCUUAAUAUAGUACAUUUUGAACACAUACCUGUAUAUUAUUGUGAACUAUUUGAUGGUGUUCAUUUAAAAAAAAGUAAAUCAGCAUCCUUGAGUUCUUUACUCUAUUUAGAGAGAGAGAGAAAGAGAUUUCAGUCCACUUGAUACAAACUAGGUCAUUUCAAGACUAUUAUAUGGUUCAAUUUUAUUUGGAUAAGUUGCUUGUGCGUAGGGGUCUUUAGCUGUGGGAGGAACCGGGAGACCCGGAGAAAACCCAUGAGGUUGGACAGGCAACCAUACUCAUACAAGUGGAAAAUCAAAACCAUGCCACUUGCCCCAAUGACAAGACUGUACAAUCGAUCUAGCACAUGUUAAAAUAUUGGGCCACCCACCCUCUUGUUUACUUUUUAAGGGGUUCAUUAUAAAACAUUAAAAUACAGAUGUGACGUCAUCCUUUGAUGUUGGAGUACCAUUAUUUCAAAUAAUCGUACGGGCAAUGUGCCAAGCGUAACUUGGUAAAAUAUUGAACUCGAGUGACGUAUUUCAUUGCAAAGCACGUGCAAGUGUCUAUAUUUUAAGUUGUUUAAUGGUUUCGAGCUUAAGACAUUGCGUAAUAUAUUGUAAAAUAUUGAACUCGAGUGACGUAUUUCAUUGCAAAGCACGUGCAAGUGUCUGUAUUUUAAGUUGUUUAAUGGUCCGAGCUUAAGACAUUGCGUAAUAUAUUGUAAAAACAUUCGGGCCAUCACGGCCCUCAUGUUGUUACAAUAUAUUACUUAAUGUCUCGCUCUCGACCAUUAAACAAUACAUAGUUAUUGUGAUAAGCAACAUCAAGUUGUGAACUUAUUAAAUGUAAUAAGCAACAUCAAGUUGUGAACUAAUUAAUGGUGUCCAUUUUAAGUUAAAGGGAAUUGUAGUAUUCAUUGAAAAGACAUUUGUACUGAAACUAAUAUUAAGGGCGUCAUUUUGUUAUUAACAUUUGAUUACUGUAUAUGAUUUGUGUAUACUGUUGUUGUGUAUUGAUUGUAAAUAUGGGAAUAAAAAUAUAUUUAAUUUGA